UUUCGCGUUGGAAAAAAGUUCUCAUGCUUGUUUUCAUGCCAGUUUCGAAAAGAAAACUUGUGUGUCAGUUGUGAGUCGACUUUCGUGAGGUUGUGUUUGAGGAAGCUGCAGAGAACACGUCACACGUCACGGAAACAGCCUCCACCGCUACGAGAAGGGACUAUUACCUCCAGAAGGAUGAAGGGUGAACCACGUCCCAUUCAGAUCGUCACAGUGUCUAAAGACGACCACUCGUUUGGGUUGGAAACGAAGGCUCUGGCUGAGAUUCUGUUGGCUCCAGAGGUGCGAGACAAACAUGUGGUGGUGCUGUCGGUGGCCGGAGCCUUCAGGAAAGGAAAGAGCUUCCUGCUGGACUUCAUGAUCCGUUACAUGCACAGGAAGGGGGACGAGAACUGGCUGGGUGAGGAUGAUGAGCCGCUGACUGGAUUCUCCUGGAGAGGCGGAUCAGAACCAGAGACGACAGGCAUCCAGCUGUGGAGUGAAGUGUUCCUCGUCCCAAAGAGCGACGGAACAGAGGUGGCUGUGCUGUUGAUGGACACUCAGGGAGCAUUCGAUGAUCAGUCCACGGUGAAGGACUGUGCCACCAUCUUUGCCCUGAGCACCAUGACCAGCUCAGUACAGAUCUACAACCUGUCACAGAACAUUCAAGAGGACGACCUGCAGCAGCUACAGCUGUUCACAGAGUAUGGUCGUCUUGCUUUGGAUGAAAUCUUCCAGAAACCCUUUCAGUCACUGAUGUUUCUUAUCAGGGACUGGAGUUUUCCCUAUGAGUACACCUACGGGUUUAAAGGAGGCAACGAGUUCCUAGAUAAACGUUUGCAGGUUAAGGAGGCCCAACACGAGGAGCUGCAAACCGUGAGGGAUCACAUACAUUCAUGCUUCACCAAAAUUUCCUGCUUCCUGUUGCCUCACCCUGGGUUGAAGGUCGCCACCAGCCCCUCAUUUGAGGGACAACUUCGCGAUGUGGCGCCAGAGUUCCGAGAUCAGCUGAAGAGUCUGAUUCCUAAACUGCUGAAUCCAGAUCAUCUGGCUGAGAAAGAGAUAAACGGAAACAAGGUCACCUGCAUGGGCCUGCUCGAGUUCUUCAAGGCUUACAUCAAGAUUUACCAGGGUGAAGAUUUACCACAGCCAAAGACGAUGCUCAUGGCUACAGCAGAGGCCAACAACCUGGCAGCUGUAGCCACAGCCAAAGAGCAGUAUUACAAGAGCAUGGAGAAGGUGUGUGGGGGAGACCUGCCCUAUGUGGCUCCUGAUUCUCUGGAGGAAAAGCAUGUGUUUAACUCCAGAGAGGCUCUUCAUUCCUUCUCAUCCACUAAGAAAAUGGGCGGACAGGAGUUCUGCGAUAAAUACCAGACACAGCUGGAAAAUGAGCUGGAGGAGAUGUGGCAGUCUUACGGCAAACACAAUCAGUCCAAAAAUCUCUUUAGUGCCUUCCGGACGCCUGCAGUGCUGUUUGUCCUGGUGUGCCUCCUCUACAUAGUGUCGGGUGUGCUUCUCUUUGUUGGCCUGUCUACCUUCGCUUUGGUGUGUGACUGUAUUCUGGGUGUGGUCAUGAUGUCCAUGCUGACGUGGGCCUUCAUCCGCUACUCUGGUCGGUACGGGCAUGUGGGCGGAGCCAUCGACCAGGCUGCAGGUGUCGUUCUGGAGCAGGCGACCGUGGUGUUGAACAAGUCGAGGGGGGCGAUUCCUGUCGACGUGAAGAAAUCCAGUUAGAAGAACUCUGAACCCUCAUAAUCUCGAUGCAGUGCCACCAGCACACAACACAAGCACACAUUCAGCAGUAAAGCCUUAUCACGCCACCAACUGUAACAAACAUGCAGCUAAAGUACAUUGGCACAGGUUUCAAAUAUGAUGCCAAUACACAAUCAUCUCUAUUAUGCAGAAUUGCUCAUAGAAAGAUGACUGGAUUCACUGAGGGGUCAAUUGUUCCAGUUUCCUAACAGACGAGUCAAUGUUUACUUAAAAAACUAAAGAAAAACACUUAUUUCAGCUGAACACAUCUGAUAUGUUGUUCAGAGCGGCCGAGACGUCUCACACAUGCACAUUAACAGAAAACACGAAUGAAAAAGUGACAACACAACUACAAAAGCCACACAAUGGAAACACAAUCACAACAAAAGUGAACGAAGCAGAGUUAGUUUGGUCAAGUCAUGGAUGUACGAGUCAAGCGAGCUGUCGUUUGUGAAAACACAGACAAGUCAGUUGCCACUUACAACGUGAUGCUUAAUUACAACUCAAAUAAGAAGCGUCACAUUUUAAGCAGUAACUGGCUUGACCGGGUUUUCACACACGAAAGCUUAAAUGACCACAACAAGAAUAAAGAUUUAAUGCAGAAAGUUACUCUGUUUCAUCGUCAACAUGUCGUUAGUGUUUCCGUCAGGUGGCACUUGUAUUCUAGUUUCCUGUUAAAGCGCUAGCGUGAGACCUCUCAGCCACCGUAGUCGUCAGGGUGCUUCUCAAACAAAGCUUUUGCAGUUUAUCUUUAAAUAAGAAUCUUUAAAAAUGCUGGCUUUGAAGCUUCUACAUUUAUACAUAUAUUUUUUUGGUCGCUAUAUAUUUUUUCUCUUAUUCGCCUUAAGACAUUCCAUUCAGUUUGUAGAGUUGCAGCUUGUUUGAUAUAAAUUAGCGUUUAGAGACGUGGUGAACUGUCACUACUUAGAGAGGAAAGAGGAUACGCACUUUGUAUUUAGCACCGCUGAUUUUGAGAGCUGCAUGUUUUGGGGAAUUCAGUUUGAGUUAAGUGGUUUGCUGUUCCCUCGGAAACAUGAUGCACUUUGUUGAUUUUGAUACUAUAUUCUAGACUGUAAGAUACUUUAUAGGAGCUUAUAUUCUGCAAAACAAAAUAAAUAGGACAUUAAUACUAAAAGGUGUUGAUCGCCCAAUUCAACCAGUCAGCCAAAGAAAGGAGAGCUUUAAAUGUUUAGAUAAAAAAUACUUGGGCCUCAAAUAUCAGGAUUUAUGACCUUAAAAAUACUUUAAGGUGUGAACUGGGGACUUGCAUUAGAUCAAACAUGUACAAAUUGCACUGAUUUCAAGAACCCACUUCAAAAAAACACUUAGUGACAAGUGACGUUUUGUCGAACAUUACAAGUGUUGAACAUUCAUGGAAGAAAAUAACAAGCAGAAUAUUAAAAUAGAUCUAAACAAGCAGUGGAACAUUCCAGUAAAUGGGACUGUUUGGCUUUUUGUACAUGCACCUCAGUUUUCAAUAAAUAUCAGCACUUUGAUGGAUAAUGAUCAAAUAUGUUUUCCAAACGCCUCAACACACAGUCCUGUUUGUAUGUUUGCUUUUCAAAGAUCUCUCCUUGGCGGCCUGUGCUGUCAGCUCUAGCGUGAAAAAAAAAACACUGCAAUAUAAAAAGGUGAUCAGUCCAGGCAGAAGCAAUCGCGCGCUCAGGUCAAAUCCUGCUUCAAAUGCCUGACAUGAAAUGUUACACAACCUCUAUUCAAAACAUACUGGAGAGGAAAAAUAAUGAGUAUGGGAUGACUUUGUUUCUGAGUUAGUUGUUUACAUGCAGCCUUAUAACUAUUCAGUCAAAACGCAGUCAUGCAGAGAAUUAAGAAGGUGGACUUCUCAGUGGAUUUAUUAGUUUCCAUUAUGAGGCCAAACAGCGUCUCAGGCCAACUCUGAAUGAGUCAGGCAUCUGAUUAAAGGACUGAUUCUUUGUAAUUAUGCCCAACAUCUCUAAAUAGGUUAAAAUGUAGGGGAUGAGGAAUAUUUCAGGAUUGGAAAGUGGAAUUGAAGUCUCUUAGUAUUGUAAAACGGCAUUUUAAAUGCUAAAUAUUGUGUCAACUGAGUGCAAAGAAAGAAUCCUGUAAUUAUUUUUUUUUGGUGAUCCUAGACUACCUGUAUGGAGGCACAAAAAGCCGAUUGGUGUUUAUCAAACACUCUGUUAUUCCGUGUUACUGUAGAUAUACGUCAUAAGCGUUCAGGGCCAACGUGACCGUUACAAACAUGGAGGAUGAGAAAUGUUGAAAUUCUCAGUACUUAAUUUUUCCUCCAUCAUUUUGCACAUUCCACGGCUGUUCCCUUUCCACAAGAGGAGGGAACUUCACAAUGUUUUGCAAGCUCAUACUAUUGCACUUACCUUUCUCUUUGGUGCUUUUUGCACACUGCUCUUUCCAAAAUAAAUAAAUGCGUGCUAUAUUGUA